AUGACUGAUGCAGACCCUCCGCCAGAAGCCCAACGCUUUGGUAGAUCUCAAACGCCCGAGUCCCCUCGCCCGGUCCAUAUCCCUGAACCUUCGACGAUCCCGGUACUGCUAAACCAGAUGGACCCGGUCUUCAAUGACACCGAGACCUAUAAUAUUCCUCAUAAUCAAACUUUCUCUCCUUACUCGGACUCUGCUCGCGCUAUGAAUGAGAAUGAUACAAACGAUCCAAACUCGGAAGAGCAAGACGUUGUUCAAAACUUUCUGAGAGGCGCCGAGGAGGAAAACACUCGUCUCGAUGAUCCUGCUCAGCUCCCCUCCACAAACGGCCCGAUGGUCCAGAAUGAUGCCGACAUGGAAUCCAAUCUUUACUCAGCUCUUGCCAACGCUUCUGCGUAUCCACAGUCGUCUGAAGCCCAUGCCAAUCCACCUCCAGGUGCUGCCAGCCAGAUCCAAGAUCCUGCGCAAACGAGCAAUGAUACUUCGCCAGCCACUGAUUCCACUGCCAAUCCUGAUACUGGCAAUACUGCAUUACAAGCCGUUGGAGAGAGUACGUCUGAGCCAGAACCUGCCGUAAAGCCCAGCUUUCAGUCAAAUGAAGGCGGAGUAGACUAUCAGUCGCUUCUGGAUACCAUUUCUAAAUCUGCUUCUACUGCUCCUGCUGCAGACCCUGUGUCUGCUCCAACUUCUGCCACCUCGCUUGCCAACCAAGGAUCCCAAUCAUUGCUUCCCAUCCCAGGUUUACCCCCCAAGCCACCGACUCAAGCUCAAUCUUCAGAUUCUGCCGCUGUUCACACGCUUCCUAACCUCAACAACGAUCAAUUGGCGCAAUACCAACAAGUGAGUCCAGACCACGCCAGUGUCAAUGGCAUCGAUCAACCUACACUUGCGUCCGCGCAAUUCCAACCUCAAUCCAUUCCUUUGCAGGCGCCAGGUACAUGGCCGCAUUCUGCCAAUCAAGCGUCACCCACAAGCACUGAACAUACCUCUCCUGCCCAGCCUCUCCAGGCCCCCGAACCAGGAAGGGCAUUUGACCCGAAUGAACGUCCGUGGACCCCCAGAACACAAGCGCUUUAUGACUCAUUUCUUGAAGAUGAACGGAGGUAUGUGACAGAAGGGAUUUGGGACAAAUUUCCCCAGGGAUCACGUCUCUUUGUUGGUAACUUGCCCAGUGAAAAGGUCACUAAGCGUGACAUCUUUCAAAUUUUCCACAAACAUGGCAGACUUGCUCAGAUCUCCAUCAAGCAGGCGUACGGAUUCGUCCAGUAUCUAGAGGCAUCUUCAUGUCAAGCAGCGCUCCAGGCCGAACAAGGCGUUGAGAUUAGAGGAAGGAAGAUUCACCUCGAGAUAUCGAAGCCUCAAAAGAACACAAGAAGUCAACAAGGCCAGCAAGGAAGCAAAAGACGGCGCUCUCGAUCCCCAGACCGCGGUCACGCCCGUCAGGCCGACCGAUUUGGCCGUCCUAACUAUAGUGAUUUCCGCGAUGAGCGAGGAAGGCGCGAGGAGUAUCGACGAACCCCUUCGCCUCGAGGUUACCGGUCCAGAGACGAUUACCGGCCACCCACUCAAAGCCCUCGCUAUGGCGCUGGUGCGAGACCAGUUUCGCCUUUCACCAGCAACUUCUCAAAUCCACCCUCGGCGGGUUACGAUGAGGAGGCCGCCCUCCCCUUGCCUCGAAGAGACCCACGAGAUGUGCCGGACGUACAACUUCUCAUUCUGGAACCUUCAGUGGCUCCAAGCUUCAUGAACUGGAUCGAACAAGGCUUCCGUAACAAAGGAUUGCGGGCUUCGACAAUAUGGCUCAGCCCUCGGCUACCCCUCAACGCUGUUGUGAAACGGCAAAUUAUCGAAGGUGUGCAAGCUGUUGUGAAACUGACACAGGCCAAUCAGUACAAUAGCAAGAUACCCUUGCAGGUUUUUGAUAGGAGUCAGGGCACGUCGAAUGUCAACUUCAACGAAUACCUUGAUCUCGAUGUGCCCGUCGCCGCUGAUAUUGUCCUCCAUGCGCGACAAAAGGAGCGAGGAGGCGCACAGCAAAGUCCUCAAUCCUAUCAGCCACAAGGUUAUCCCCAAUAUGGAUACGGUCCGCCGCCACCACAAUACGCGCCAGCACCUUACCCUCCGCACCAGCAGCAGCAACAACACAAUCAGUUCCAGUACAGCCAGAAUUCCCAGUAUCAGAACCCAGCACAAACAUCUUUGAGUCCCACUUCGGCCACGAGUGCUCCAAAUCUACAACAAUUACUGGCAAAUCUUCGGCAGCCUGGUGAUGGGCAGCCAGACAGCGCUACGCCAAAUGGCAAACCCACCCCCGAUCUGGCAGGUCUUCUGAGUAACGUCGCCCGCCAACAGCAUGGCCACGGAGGAGUACAAUUUCCGUCGCCACAUGGCCCUCCGCCUCAGCAACAGCAGCCACAGCAGCAAGGUUAUGUGCCUGGCACACCGGCUUACGGAGCUGGGCCACAAUCACAGCAGAAUGUACAGAACAUUAUGGAGACCUUAGCGAGGUACAAUAGAUGA